UUUGUAAUUUUACCAUUUUGAAACACUGUCAAGGCAACGAUAACGUAUAACGAUGAAAACUUUUAAGGCCACCAUUUUUGUUGGUCUAUUAUUUUGCAUUAGCGGCAUUAAUUGCAACGUGCUUAGUUCGUUUCUUAAGCCUUAUGUGUAUAAAUUUGGCGAGGAUAGUGGUAACGUGGUCCAAAUAUUAGAAGGAUCAAUUUUGCCUUUACAGCACCAAACAUAUAAAGAUAUAAAGAUUCCUGAUGGAAUGGAUGUGAGUUAUAUUGAAGUUCGAGUGCAUUCGUUCUCGCCACCCAAAGUCGAUUACGAUAGCAGCAAUCAACAAGUCUCUAUUGCUUUCAGUUAUACUCAAGUCUCAGUGUCUACAUUCAAAAUCACUGUAAAAGCCGUCCCUAAUGUUGAUCAUAUAGAAGAAAAGAGUAUGAAGAAGCUGUGAAAAAAUACAUUCAUUACUAAAGUAUUCUAUGCUAAUAUGUAUCUACAAUAAUUACAUUCUUCAUAAAUGUAAUUUAAUCGAAUAAAUGAGUAAGUUCUUCCUUUUG